AUGCCGCGCAGUGGCGACGAGGUUCUAAGCAAGGCAGAGCAAGAUGCGUGGGCGGCCGUCGACCGCGCUUUAGCGACAAAGGACGACGCAGCCACCGUCGGCCAGAAGGUGUUCAAGGAGUUGGAAGGCGUGGACAAGGCGGUUUCCGCUGCUUGCAGCGGCGUCAUUCGAGUUCUCCUGCAGCACACUUUCCUGGAAGAUGUCCUUGUAGCAACCACCUCCGUUACCGCACCUUCGAGGCGUUGUCGUAGCUACGCUUCCCGGCACCCAAGCCGAAUUCGACGCAAGGACAACGUCGUUGUGAUGGCGGAAGCUUACGAAGACGCUGGUGGUGGUGCAGCCACGGCCACGGCCGGAACCGUAGAGCAAGCGUCCCCCGCCGCGGGGAGCGCAAGCGGCAACAAGGGUGUCACGACAGUCACUUCUUCCACCGCCGCCGGUAGCCAAAGGGCGGACGCUGCUGCUCGUAACCCAUCGAAGGGCGGAAAAUCCAGGUCAAAGGGUACAGCAAAGGCUGCUACUGUUCGGGGUUCCUCGGCCAGGUCUCGAUCAACGGCGCCAGUCCCCCCAACGGCCACCCCUGCUCCCCUCCAAGGAGCGGCAAGCGUCGAGAGGACAUUCCAGUCGUUGGCGGCGGCAUUCGGUGAGACGCUGGUGCCCGUGGACAGGGCCGCGACCAGGGAGGAGAGAGAGGCGGUGUGGACCGGAAGAGUGAGACACUUUCACGCCCGCAUACAAGCGCAGCAGGCCGUUCUCAUGAGGAGAGUAACGUCUGCAGCUGCCUCGGUGUACGCCGGCGUUCUCCCCCUUCCCCCCGAGCUCAACCCGGUGUUGCGGCCCCUUGUGUCCGCUGUGAAGAAGGAGCCGGACGCGCAGCGCCGAGGACUCAGUGCCUCCCGCUUGGCUCGCCUGGCCACUGCCCUCCUCGGGGACGCCGCGCGCUCCGAACGCCGCGAUGCGGGGGCAAUGGUCCUUUUCGGCCUGGCUUCGCUGAGCGGGAAGGGGCAGCAGCAAAGCCUCAACAGCCCCUCAACCGCAGCCGCAGCGGCGACCGAAGAAACGUUGAUGGCGGUGGAAGUCGCUUGCGAUGGCGCGACGGAGAUGCUGAGGCACGCGGUUUCCCUCGCGCCAUCGUCGUCAGCAGUGCCCACGGCGCCCGUGCUGCCGCCUGCUUCGCCCGCGUCUGCCGCGAGGCCGUUGCUGGCUCCCGGCUCUACUCGCAGCGACGUCCGCAGUGGCGGUGGUCGUGGCGAAGGGAGAGAAGAGGUGGUGAAAGACGGAGGUCGUGAAGGAAGGAGAGGGAGAGGAGGACGGGGUGGGAAGGCCGUGCGAGACUGGGCGCUGCAGACUCUCGCUCCGCUCUUGCGGCACCCCUCCGGCAUGGGAACGCAGGGCGGCAACACCAUCGGAGCCGGGACAGCGGCGUUGCCUCGGCCUCAGCGAAAGCUCUCGGCAGCGGAGAAAAAGAAGUCGGCGGACGAGAUCCGGGCGAUUGACCUGUCGGCCGCUCUUGGGGUAGCGGAGGCGCUGUUGCAGGCCGCUCGUGACCGAACCGCCGCCGCCGCCGCCGCCGCCGCAAACCCUGACCGGGGCGAGCGGCCUCUGCUGGGAAGCCUCCUGCUCGAAACGUCGCUCGCCGCCGGACUGUUAGCCCUCGCGCGGUCCGGGGUGCCCGUCUCCGGCGAAGACGAGGGUGCUGACAUUUCUGCCGAACCAUCUCAUAGACGCACCCGGCUACGCCAACACCGUCGUAGCGGCGGGGGUGCUGGAAAUGCCCACGAUGGAGGCACGCCGAGCGUUGACGGUGGCGGUCACGCGGCGGCUGUGGCAGCAGCAACGGCGGACGCGGCAUUGAUCAUCGCAAGAGACGCGGCCGCCUUAUUUCCGGACGGGUUGUGGGAGGGCCUCCGCUCGGACUUGCUCCCGGCCCUCGCGGCCGGGGCGUGUUCUGGAGAUGUCGGUGGUAGCGGUAUGCGUGGUGGUAGUUUCGGCGACGGCGGCGUCGGCGGCAUCGGCGUUGCGGGAGAUGUGAGGGCCGGGCUGGUCUUGAAGGAAGUGGUGGGCGGGAUGGGAACCGGCGUGGUGCCGUACGCCGCGAGGCUGCUGCCGGUGGCGCUGCGGGGAAUGACGGACGCCAACGAAGAGGUUCGUGGCCUCCUGGCGGGCACUUUCAACGAGCUCGUCAAGGCGGUGGCGUUGGCAGCGGACGACGCUGAUGACGACGGCCGCGCCGGCGACCACAAAGGCGGGGAGGACCUCGGUGACGGUGGUGUUUCUACGGAGUGUACCAUCGACGGACAACUACACGGGCAGGGGAAAGCUUCAGCGGCAGCAGCGGCGGCGCGUGUAGGCAAGGCGGCUGGCGAUAGCGUGGAAGAAGACGGCGAGCUAAUCGCGAGGCAUCUCGUUCGUGGCGAGCCUCUCCCGAGGCUCCACCGAGGCCUUCUACCGGAGGCGCUCGAGCGAAAUGCGGCCGCGGGCGUGACGAUUCGCCCCUACCAGUGGGAGGGCAUCGCUUGGCUAGACUUCUUGAGGCGAAUAGGAGCGCACGGCAUCCUUGCGGACGACAUGGGCCUGGGAAAGACCCUGCAGGCGCUGAUGGCGGUCGCCAUGUGCCACCACCACCAUCCGGGCCGCCGGUCGCUUGUUGUGUGCCCAAGCAUGCUGGUCCAUCACUGGAAGGCAGAGUGCUCGCGCUACUUCGGAGACGGCCUCCUCCGACCCGUCGCGUACGCCGGGCCCCCUCUAGCUCGCCGUCGUCUGGCGGGACGGCUCGGCCUAGGCCCUGCCGGUAACCACAAGGACAGAAACGGGACUAACGGCGAUGCUGACGGCUCCCAGGGACCGGGCACAGAUGGCGCUAAGGCGUCAGCGGCGGUAGAGGAGGAAGAAGAGCCGGAGCGCGCAAACGUGGUGAUAACUUCUUACAACGUCUUGAGGACAGACGCGGACGUCCUUGGAAAGCAGGGCUGGCUCUACUUAGUCCUGGACGAGGCGCACCUGCUGCGAAACCCCGCCACUCGCACCGCCAAGGCCGCCAGGGCGCUGAGGUCCAACCACCGCGUGGGGCUGACCGGCACCCCCAUCCAGAACUCGGUGCUGGAGCUGUGGUCACUCUUCGAGUUCCUGAUGCCAGGGCGGUCUUUCCAGCGGCAUGUGGCACGGCCGGUGCGAGCAGCUCUGUCGUCUGACGGGGAUGGAAGGGCCACCGUGGAAGGCCUGCAGGAGCUCGAGAAGCUGCAUAGACAGGCAGGAAGUCGUUCGCCCAUGCUAUUGUGGAUAGUGCUUGUGGUGGCGGUGUUGCCAUUCGUCCUCCGGCGGGAGAAGAGCGAGGUACUCGCCGACCUCCCCUCCAAGAUCAUCACCGAGAUGGUGUGCGAUCUCACGCCCGAACAGCGACGGCUGCACAACAUAUGGGCGCGAGGAGGUGACGGGGGGCGCGUUCUGGCCGCCGUUGCUCAGGCCGAGGAGAUGGAGGCUGCCAGGUUGAGGGCCGUUGCGUCCGCCGCGGUGGCGGCUACAGCAGCAGCAGCAGCAGCAACUGCAACCUCGGAACGUUCUGCAGAACCUACCGGACACGUUGAUGGCCCCACUACGGCAGCACCCACACCUUUCCCGGCAGUAACCGCUACCGGCGGUGAUAGUGCCGCCGGCGAUGGCGGUGCUGCUACCGCAGAUUCGCGGGGCAAAAAUACUACCACGGAAGCGAGCAGGGCGGCUGCGCCAACGGGACGACUUUCCUGUGGGGCACAGACGCUGGCUUGUCUGUCGAAGCUGCAGCUGCUGUGCGUACAUCCUUCUCUGGUGGCUCCAGAGGAAGGGACGAAGCGGCGGGAGAUGAGCGAGGACGUGAAGCUGUCGGGGAAGCUCAUGGCGCUCAGAGAAUUGCUCUGGGAUGCGGGCAUCGGCAAGAGCGAGAGCGUCGACAUCGGCAGCAGUGAUAGCGACACGGGCACUGUGGACGACAGCAGUAGUGACGACAACGAGGAGGAAGAGGAGGAGAAGGAGGAGAAAGCAGGGCGAACAGUCAACGAUGGAAAACGUCGACGCAGUCUUGAGCAGCGUCAGUCAAGUAGCGACAGCCGAAAACGAGGGAGAAACAGCCGCGGCGGGCCCGAGGGUGGAGGCUCAAGAGCGGGCUACACCAACCCUAGCCCCGCAAAAGCCGGCCCUAACAGCAGCACCAGCAGCCCGGGAAAGCUGGAUACGAAACGGCCCACCGUCGGCACUGCUGGUUCUUCUGUUCGAGCGGCGAGGUCCUCGUCGUCUCGGGCUCCUGCGGAGAGUACGGGUAAGGGAGGAAAGCCCCCCCCGACCUCCACCACCCGCGGGAAAGGGUCCUUACCUCGGCAAGAGGAAGCGACGACCGCGGGUGAUGGUGUAGCGUCUCCGCUGCCGGGCUGCAAGUGCCUCAUCUUCGCCCAACACAAAGCGGCCCUGGACGUUACGGAGUCCGCGCUGCUGCGUCCCUGCUUCCCCGGGGUCAAGUACCUCCGGAUGGAUGGAUCGGUGUCUCAGGCGGAGCGGGCGGCGGCGGUGGACCGCUUCUCAGCGGACCCGUCGGUGGCGAUACUGCUCCUUACCACGAGGGUGGGACACCUCGGCCUGAACCUCAGCGCGGCGAGCAUGGUAGUGUUCUUGGAGCACGACUGGAAUCCACAGGUGGACUUGCAGGUGCGAGGAUGUGCUGGCGUUUUAGGGUGCUGCGAGCGGAUAACACGACCGACCGACCGACCGACCACGUACACGUUUUUCAAGUGA